CAGCCACGUCACGGGCGCUCACUCAUUCACAUAAAACGCCGCGCUGCCUGCGGAAUCCCCGGCUUCUGGGGCGAGACGUGGCGAAGCUGUCCGCUGAGCGUGCGGGGCGGGAAGGAGCGGUGAGAGGCUCCUCUGAAGCUGGGCUCUGUCGGCUGGCCGCAGCCCCGCGGCAGGCCGUUCUGUGUCGGGCCCGCAGGCACCCUGGCCGUGGGCACCUGCGGGGCGCGCGGCGGCAUGAAGGUCACGUCGCUCGACGGGCGCCAGCUGCGCAAGAUGCUCCGCAAGGAGGCGGCGGCGCGCUGCGUGGUGCUCGACUGCCGGCCCUACCUGGCGUUUGCCGCCUCGAGCGUGCGCGGCUCGCUCAACGUCAACCUGAACUCGGUGGUGCUGCGGCGGGCGCGGGGCGGCGCGGUGUCUGCGCGCUACGUGCUGCCCGACGAGGCGGCGCGCGCGCGGCUGCUGCAGGAGGGCGGCGGCGGCGUGGCGGCGGUGGUCGUGCUGGACCAGGGCAGCCGCCACUGGCAGAAGCUGCGCGAAGAGAGCGCCGCGCGCGUAGUGCUCACCUCGCUGCUCGCCUGCCUGCCCGCCGGCCCGCGGGUCUACUUCCUUAAAGGGGGAUAUGAGACCUUCUACUCAGAAUACCCUGAGUGUUGUGUGGAUGUAAAGCCCAUUUCACAAGAGAAGAUAGAAAGCGAGAGAGCACUGCUUAGCCAGUGUGGAAAACCAGUGCCGAGCAUCGGCUGCAGGCCAGCCUAUGACCAGGGCAGCCCCGUCGAAAUCCUUCCCUUCCUCUACCUUGGAAGUGCCUACCAUGCAUCCAAGUGCGAGUUCCUCGCCAACCUGCACAUCACAGCCCUGCUCAAUGUCUCCCGCCGGACCUCUGAGGCCUGCACAACCCAUCUGCACUACAAAUGGAUCCCCGUGGAAGACAGCCACACAGCUGACAUUAGCUCCCACUUUCAAGAAGCAAUAGACUUCAUUGACUGUGUCAGGGAAAAGGGAGGCAAGGUCCUGGUCCACUGUGAGGCUGGGGUCUCCCGCUCGCCCACCAUCUGCAUGGCUUACCUCAUGAAGACCAAGCAGUUCCGCCUGAAGGAGGCCUUUGAUUAUAUCAAGCAGAGGAGGAGUGUGGUCUCACCCAACUUCGGCUUCAUGGGCCAGCUCCUCCAGUAUGAAUCGGAGAUCCUACCAUCCACACCCAAGCCCCAGCCUCCCUCCUGCCAAGGGGAGGCAGCAGGUUCCUCAUUCAUAGACCAUUUACAGACUCUGAACCCUGACAUGCAGGGUGCUUACUGCGCAUUCCCUACCUCAGUGCUGGCACCAGUGCCCACCCUCUCAGCGGUCACAGAGCUCCACAGGAGUCCUGUGGCCACAGCCACGUCCUGCUGAGACUCGGAUGGGGUGCCUGUCCAGCCCCCAGAGCAACUGUGAUUCCGUUCAAGUUUGUGGACAUUUCAUUCCUGUGCAAUACUGAAGACCUCUCUCUGGCACACUGUCCCUGUGACAGAGUCAGUAGUCACCAGGCUUGCAGCACAGAUGAACUUCAGACUGACCUAGAGGAUGGGUCCUCGGGACCGAAGGAAGGCCAAGCCAUUUGGAUAGCACAGUGUGUGCUCACUACUGUACUUCAGACCCCCUGCCCUCUCAGGACCGACCAGUCCUUGCACCUCAGAAUUCGCCUUCUCAUUUCAAGCGUUAGGCAAUAAAUCCCUGCAGCACAAAGCAGGAGAGAAGUUGCUGGACUAGGAGAAAAGGCAGUUUCAGAGCCAGUUCAUCUUGAAGGAAGCACAAUUUCCACCUUAUGUUUUGAACUUUGGCAGUGUCUGUGUCUGUCUUUGUUGCUUUAGGGCCUAAACUGAUCCCCGCCUGGUCAGGAAAGUCACCUUGCUGGGUUUGUAGGGAUAUGAUGUCUGCCAAUUUAAACCCUGAAAUGUUUCAGAGACUUUUGGGCCCAGGGGAGGCAAUUGAUUGAAAUGGCCAGAUGUUGACUCUUCUGGUGUCUCUUCGCUGGGAGUUCCUUCCCUGACCUUGGACUUCGGCAUGACUCUCAUUGCUACUUGAACCUGUGUCCUUGCGCUUCUCUUGGGAGCCACUCUGGUAUCAUUCACAAAGUUUUCAGACCAUAAACCUAAAAUCACCUCUUCGAGGUGGUGGCAGUGGGUGGGUACCUGGAGAGAAGAGUGCCCACUGUGUGUUCUGGGUCAGUGGCAUUGAAAACAGUCCUUGGCCUGCUGUGUUCCUCUGUGUGCUGUGUCUCGUCUCGUGCCUCUGGGGUUAUCUUCAAGCUACUGACUUCUGGGAUCUAUACAUUUCGCAAUGUGGUACUUUUCAGUCUAGGUUAUUUUUCCAAGGGAAAAGGCAAUAAUUUCCUAAAACCCAUGUGAAUGUGAAGAAAAGCAGUAUGUUGAUUGUUUUUUUUUUUUUAUAGUGCAAAAUAAAAAUAGUAAGACACAA